CAUAAUUGUUGUGGUAGUUUGUACUCUAUAUAUUACGAUUACCACUGCUUCCGGAGCGUGCUAUGCGCGAUGGGCGUUCGGCCUUGCGUCCACAGAAACAGGGAGGCAUCAGGCCAUUCAUUGGGAGAAAGACAGACAGAGGGGGAGAGCAAUACAAACAACAAACAAUAUUCAACACAGGGGAAUCAAAAGCUGGGGUCCAAACUCAGAGGAACAAGUGUCCGACUGGAAGGCAGAGUUAGCUAGCUUGAGAUGGCGGAGGUAAGCGAGGUUUUGAUGUCGGUUCUGUCCACAAUUCGGGUUCCGAGGCCCGGGGACCGUGUCCACAAAGACGAAUGCGCCUUGUCAUUUUCCUCUCCGGUGAGUAACCCAUCUUCUCAUCUAACGUUAGCUUCGUAUUAAACCUGUAAUUUAGAUAAGUUUUUUCUUUGGGGCUGUUUCUUAUUUAUUUGUGUAUUACCAGUUAUACAGCUAGCUAGUUAGCUAGUCACAACAAUAGCUAGCUAACGUUAACUAGUUAAACUAGCUAGCUACUGACUGUAGCUACAUUGAGAAACGUUAGCCAGCUAGCAUCUUUACCAUUCAGCUAACGUUAGCUAACUAACCAGUGGUUGUCAAAUCAUUUCCGACUAUCAUCAUGACUAAUUUUCAAUGAACUCGCAGUAACGUUACGUAGCUAGCCAGUUAGCCAACGUUACCAUGCAAGUGUAACGCUAGCUAGCCAGUUGGCUAACUAUGGCUGUCACUUGACGUGUCAUUCUAACUGUUUAGCUAACUUGCUAGUUAGCAUGCUAACAAAUAGCACUGUCAGUUGUUGUUGUCAUGAUAAUCUUCAAUGUUAUGAGUGGGCCGCGUGGGAGACUGCAACCACUGUAACGUUACAUUCAUGUCAGUUGCUGUUGUCAUGAUAAUCUUCAAUGUUAUGAGUGGACCGCGUGGGAGACUUCAACUACUGUAACGUUACAUUCAUUAGGUUGUUGGGUAAAUUAUUAUAUGUCCAGCUUCCAAGACAGCCAAUGUAAUGACUAACGUUAAUGUUGUUCUCACACUAGUUUGUGUUUGGGUUUUUUCUCAGGAGAGUGAAGGAGGCCUGUACGUGUGCAUGAACAGUUUCCUUGGGUUCGGCAGCCAGUAUGUGGAUAGACACCACACCAGGAGCGGACAGCGGGCUUACCUGCACAUCUCCCGGACCCGCAAAGCUCCGGUGAGUUAUACACUGGUCCUUCAAACCUUUCACUGAAGUCUCUGGGUGAGUCUAGCCUGCUACAGAUGCACUUGUGGCUGAAUAGUGGCCACACAACAAACACAUUGAAUGUCAAAGUUCAUUUGGUAUCAAAAUUAUUUACCACCUUUCUUGUGGAUGGAGACAUUCCACAAUUCACCAAAUCUGAACUGUAAUUUUCCCCAGAAGGAAGAUGAGGAGAACUCUGGAUCCGGGGACCCACCCAAGAAGAAGCCCACCCGAUUGGCCAUAGGUAACAGCAGAGUUAACAGCAACACAUUUUCAGACAGGGCUAUGGGGGUGCAAAGACCCCCGAAACAGCCUUCAGGUAGCCUGGGUACCAGUCUGUUUCUGCUAACAUUCCACUCCUUGUAUUCCAUGUCAUGACAAGCAUGUGUUUAGCAUAUGACACAGAGUGGAAGGAUAGCUAAACAUACUGGUACCCAGGCUAGCCUUCAGGGACGCUGACACCAACAUUUUCCAUUGAAUCCGGUUGUCUGCCAUGAUAGAUCAAUGAAACUGAUAUCAUAUGUCUAUUGACACUCCUCCUCAUCCUCUCUCUGUCUCUCUUAGGGAUCGAGGGAGGGUUCAAUGUGGAGCAGGAGCAGUAUGAGGAGGAAGUAAAGGUCGUCCUCUUCCCUGAUAGACAGGAAGUUACAUCCGAUGAUCUCGCCACCAUGCCGGAUGUUGUGAGAGAGCGGGUGAGACACAUUGUGGGUGAACACUUCAAGUGUUGCCUCAACUUUGCUAAUUACCUCUUAAGAGUGUUGUGCAUUUGUCUGUGUUUAGAAAGAGGACCAAACAUUGCCAUGGGCAUGUCGUUUCGAAAUCCCUUCAUUCAUAGUUAGUGUAUGCAUCGGAAACUCACGCUUCUGCUUUAAAAAAACAAAACACAAACAUCUCAAAUUCUUCUCUGUGCACCACGUGAUUGGAGGGCUGUCUUUUGUAGUUACCACUGUAGUAUUUGGCUGGGCUAAGACUGCCCUAUUCUUUAAGUCAGGGGUAGGCAAAUAGAUUCAGCCGCAGGACGUUUUUUGUCGGAGGGAAUGGUCAGGGAGAUGGACAUUUAUUAUAAUUUGUACUCCACGAAUUGACCACAUCUAAGCCCAGAAAUAGAUUGUAUUUAAAAAUAACACUAAUUUCAUACCUUGGAUUACAUCGAGACACGAUCACAUCUCUUUUUUGUUGUUGUGUGGGAAUACUUGGGAACAGAUUUUCUAAAGUAAACUAAUUUUAGCAGAAUUUACAGUAAAAAAAACAACCAAAAACUACCCUAGCACUAACAACCCCCCCCCCCCAAAAAACAUGAUGUUUAAAAAAAAACUUGAAGGAGGGGGCAAAUAAAUCGCUAGCGGGACGGUUUUGGCCCGCGGGCAGCCUGUUGCCAACCCCUGCUCUAGGUAUUACACUUCACCAUGCAUGCUUGUUGUGACCAUCUAUAACCUUCUCUAUAUCCCUUUAGGUAUCUCUAGCCAUGACAGGGCUGAUGUCUGCAGACUCAGUGUCUCACGCCCUGCAGGUGCAGCAGUGGGACGGCGAGGUGCGGGCGGAAUCCCGGCACGCCGUCGAACUCAAGCAGCUCGACAACGGCACCAAGAUCCCUCCCAGGUGAGAGGCUGUUUAGGCUAGGUUGUUGUUCUGAGCUGACAUUGGCUAGAAUUUCACGAGCACUCCAGCGUUAAAUGAACUUGCACAUUGACAGUUUUGCUCCUUUUGUCCAUUCAUUUCAUCGUAGACUUGGACCAUAUACAAGGUCUGAUAAUGUAAUUAAUAUAUUAAAUAAUGUAUAUCAAUAUGUAGCCUAAAUAUGUUUCAGUGGAUGAUCGUUAAUUCUCAGUCAAUCUCUCCUUCUCCCUCCGUCUUCCUCUCCAUCCAUCGAUGUUUCUCCCGAUCUCUCUGCCUCUCCCCUCUCUCUCCAUCUCCCUCCCCACCCCUCUCUCCAUCUUUCUCUCUUCUCCCUUCCCUCCAUCCCUGUCUUCCAGUGGUUGGCGGUGUGAGGUGUGUGACCUGCAGGAGAACCUGUGGAUGAAUCUGUCAGACGGAAGGGUGUUCUGCGGUCGCAGGUAUUUCGAUGGCUCCGGGGGGAACAACCAUGCCCUCCUGCACUUCCAGCAGACAGGACACCCUCUGGCUGUCAAACUGGGCACCAUCACCCCCGACGGAGCAGGUGAUGGCAACACAAUAUGAAUACUUGGACACUUGAAACAACACAAUGCUUUUUUAUUUACUAAGUGCUUCUCACGAGUCCCAAUAUUCCAGAAGUCACAGAAUCCCUACUGAGACGCUUACCCUUGAAUUAUUGAAAGGGGAAGAUUAAGAAAACACUGGCAAGGAAAAGGACUCUGAGACUGAGAACUUAAUUUAAUUUCAUGUGAAAUCUGACUCGUAGACAGUCGUAACUUGGUUAGAGUCUGUAUUCUUUGAGCUUUUGAUGUCUGACUUUCCUCUGUGGCCUUUCCAGAUGUGUACUCCUAUGACGAGGAUGAUAUGGUACUGGACCCAAAGCUCCCCGAACACCUGUCCCACUUUGGCAUCGACAUGAUGACCAUGGAAAAGGUAGGACUGCCGACAUCAAUAAAGAUACAGGGUCUCUAUGGGCAGGUUCUUUCCAGCUUCAGUGUUGUGGUUUGAGGACUCUUUUUCUUUAGUGACAGACAUUUUCCUUCAUGAAUAAGGUCUAUACUUUUCUGUACUUGCCUUACCAGUGUUGGUGACAAAAUGAUGUUCAAAGCUGGCCUGGCUAAAUAGCUCAUAUUGAUUGUGUUAUAACAACAAAUUGAGAGAUGGGACUCAGUGUGAGAUCACAGUCCUGUCCAUCUGGUUAAUCUGUCAUUGUCUUUCCUUCUCUCAUUCCUUCCCCCUGUUUCUCCUCUCUCCUCAACAUCCCAAUUUUCCUCGCCACCUGUCUCCCCCUCCCUCCCCUGCAGACGGAGCGUACGAUGACAGAGCUGGAGAUAGCGGUGAACCAACGCGUGGGAGAGUGGGAGGUGAUCCAGGAGUCAGGGGCCACCCUGCGGCCUCUGUCGGGCCCCGGACUCACCGGCAUGAAGAACCUGGGCAACAGCUGCUACCUCAACUCGGUCAUGCAAGUCCUCUUCACCGUGCCUGACUUCCAGAGCAAGUCAGUAACCGUCUAUCACUUCUACCUCUUAGUCUGCGUCCCAGAUGCAACCCUAUCCCUUUUAUAGUGCACUACUUUUGACCAGGGCCCAUUGUUCUGGGAAAAUACUCACGAAACCCCUCUGUCGUGUGUACCCUGCCUCAGGUACGUCUCCAACGUUGACAAGAUCUUCGAUGAAGCUCCAAGCGACCCCACCCAGGACUUCAAAACCCAAGUGUGAGUUUCCACCCAAUGCUUUUUUCAGUGUAACAUGCACACACUCACUCAAACUUACGUUAUUAAUUUCACGUCAAACAUGAAUACGGUUUAUUAAACCUGCCCUUUCCGAACAACCUUGAGACUACACACACCUGUGUCUGGAAGUAGCACAGAGUCAGGGUUAUAACGUGUAUUCAUUGCUAGUCACACUGGCAUACCGUUAUGGCACACAAAUGCAUAGUCAUUGGCACUGUGCGAAGCAUGUGUUAUGUUUGGAUGGACAGUAGGUCAUUGUCUAAAGGCCAGCCUUUCUCCACCAGUUGUCACUAACUGUUCACUUAUCUGAGCAAAAACAAUCCAUUUCUAUGGCCAAGACUAACAUUAGAUAAGAUACGGGAUGGUAAUUGUUGGGCUAAAAACCUAUCAGCAGGCUAUAAUGUUGCCUAAGGACCAAAUCUCCUUCAACACUUUCCCCUAAUUUAUAAGACUGCGUUUAGUUUAAGAAAUGGCAUUUCUCCCGAUGGAUCAGUAAUUCCUGUUUUUAUCAUCCUCUAUUUAUACAUAAUUUAAAUGGACUGAUUUCCCAUGUUGUCGAUGUGUUGUCUGAUGUUUGGUGUUCGACAUCUCUUCUUUAUUUCAGAGCAAAGCUCGGCUAUGGUCUGUUGUCGGGCGAGUAUUCCAAACCAGCCCCUGACCCCGGAGAUGGCUCUGAACCCAGCUCUGAACCCAGAGUAAGUGAAUGGCAAGCAAUGGAAGAUGGUGCUGAAGUUUUUCUUAUGUCAGAAUGUUAGCUACCGUAGCACUGGCGCAUCAAACACAUGUCUCCAAAAAUGACAGUUUUUCCAUUUGUGUUUACAUUAAGCGAUUGUGUUAUCACUUUCCAUGUGUAUUGUCUAAAGAAGGAUUUUUUUGUUUCCAGGGUGACCAGGUUGGCAUAGCGGCGCGCAUGUUCAAAGCACUUGUUGGGCGGGGCCACCCGGAGUUCUCCACCAAUCGGCAACAAGACGCCCAGGAGUUCUUAUUGCACUUCAUUAAUAUGGUGGAGGUAAAAUCAUCCCAUACUCCAUCCCUUUUUUCCAUCUUCUGUCAUCCGAUUUUUUCCCUCCUGUUGUACCCCAUUUUCUUAAAGUUUUUUGUUUUAUUAACCUCCACCUCAGAGAAACUGUCGUUCGGGGGUGAACCCGUCUGAAGCCUUCCGUUUCCUGGUAGAGGAGAGGAUCGUGUGUCAGCAGUCACAGAAAGCAAAGUACACGCAGAGGGUGGACUACAUCCUCCAGCUACCUGUGCCUAUGGACCAGGCCACUAACACAGGUGAGGGGCUCAUGGGAAAUGUAGUUUUGUUAUUGUGUCAGGGAGUCUACUUCUGCCCCAUCAACUGCCAUCUUGUUUUUUAUUGAAGCCUCAUUAAAAAAAGUCAACCAACAAGUUUUUAUAAGUCAAAUAUAUUCUUCAUAAAAUAACAUUUAUUUAAAUAAAUAAAUAAAAUAUCCCUCUCUCUCUCCCCCCUCAAUCAGAGGAGCUGCAGGAGGCUGAGCGUCGGCGUGAGGAGGCAGACUCGUCGGGAGCACCUCCCCCAGCGACGGUGCGCGCCUGUAUCCCGUUCACGGCGUGCAUGGCGGCGCUCAGCGAAACAGAGACGCUCACAGACUUCUGGAGCUCCGCCGUGCAGGCCAAGACCACCGCCACCAAGUAUGACAACGCACAAGAUUCACUCAGUCAAUCAAUCUAUCAAUCAGUUUUCCAGUCAAUUAAAUGUGUUUUCCAACUCCAGUCCUCCAGUACCCCCAACAGCACACUUUUUGUUAUAGCCCCGGACAAGCACACCUGAUUCAACUUCUCAACUAAUUAUCAAGCCCUCAAUGAGUUGAAUCAGGUGAGUUUGUCCGGGUGUACAACAAACACUUGUGCUGUUGGGGGUACUGGAGGACUGGAGUUGGAAAACACUGAAUUAAAUCAUCCAUCCAUCAAUCAAUGCAUUUUCCUGAGGAAAAUGUAGUUUGUAAUUAGUCUCACUUUCCCUCUCUCUUUCAUCACCCCUCUUUCAGGACCACCCGCUUUGCCUCUUUCCCUGACCACAUGGUUAUCCAGGUUAAGAAGUUCACCUUUGGGCAGGACUGGGUCCCCAAGAAACUGGGUGAGUAGAAUGCUCUGCACACAGUGUAAACAAGGUCUACAUGAUCUUCUGUAUUGAAUAUAAUAUUAUUUUCAUUUACAAACACAUGGAACAGCUACACCUGUGGGUUAUCACAGACGAUAUCAGUUAAAUUCAAGUGGGAAAUUCCACUGUAGUAGCUUGACAAGUCCAGGGUACCACGGAUGAAAUGAUCGUUGUACUUAGCUAACUCUGUCACUUUUCCAUUGAUAUGAGAACUGAGAUGUUGGAUUAAUGUGGCACUGUCCCUGUCAACUAAAUAGAUGUUAUUUUUUUUGUCCCUGCAGAUGUGAGCAUCGACGUUCCCGACACGCUGGACCUGACCGCGCUCCGUGGGACCGGCCAGCAGCCAGGGGAGGAGCUUCUGCCAGAGGUGGCACCACCCCCUCUCAUGACCCCUGACGUGGAGGUCAAAGGUAUCCUGGGUUCCCACAGCAACGAGGAGGACGACUCGCUCUACUCCCCACUACUGUGUCAGUCUGUCUGUCCUUUCUGAUCUUCACUUCCUUCAUUCCUUCCUUCAUCCUGUCGUCCCAUCGCCAUCUUUUCCUUUCUUUUCUUCUUUCCCUCUUUUUUAUGUUUUCUCCAUGAUUUUGUGUUUACACCUUUGAAACUUUGUUUUGCAUUUUCAGUGAAGUGAUGCGAGUUUUCAUUUCAAUUCUAUGGUGGGAAAGAGACUUGGGUUUGCUCCUAUUGUCCGGAAUAUGAGUUGAAUAUGGUUUGCCAACUUAUGCUUUUAUUUCGUUGGCCGUCUCCAAAUGUCCAGUUUCUCAGCAGUUGUUAGGACCAUUCAUGACGUUCUUAUUGUUGCUGUACAUAUGCUGCCGUCUGUAGAGUGCGUCCAUAUAAUUAGACCCCCCCCCCCCCCCUCUCUCUCUCUCUCAGCCCCAGUCCUGGAUGACUCUACCGUGUCCCAGUUGUGUGAGAUGGGAUUCCCACUGGAGGCCUGCAGGAAGGCUGUGUACUAUACUGGGAAUACUGGAAUCGACGCAGCCAUGAACUGGGUCAUGGGCCACAUGGACGACCCAGGUGGGUCACGGAGGAUCAGUUGUUCCAAAUAUAUAAUCAAACACGUGUGUCUGUCAUGGAUGUAGGGCAAUAAGUGGGUGCUGUUUGUAGAGAAAUGUAAGUGAUUCAAUGAAAUUGUAUGGCCUGCCAUGUGUUUGAACUUGAAGUAGAACCAAUAGUCAGUCAUUUCCAGCAACAUUGUUACUCACAUUUUACAAUAGUAAUUUCACGACAGCAUGUAAUUGAUUUCAUUAUGUACGUUAUAUUCACGUUUCCUCCCCCUCUGUGAUUGGCUGCAGAUUUCUCCGCUCCCCUGGUGUUGCCGGGCACCAGCUCCGCUCCCGGGACCACGCCCACAGAGAGCGUUUCCGAGGAGCACCUAGCAACCAUAGUCUCCAUGGGCUUCAGCCGAGACCAGGCCACGCGAGCACUGAGGGCCACGGUGAGACGGUGUUUCCCUUACCCUUACUAUGAAUUGAAUAAACUUGAUUCAACUUUAAUCAACUUUAUUGAAUUGAAUAAACUCCCUUUCACGUCUAGCACUGCUGUAGUGACAGAACUCCUUGAUGUAGCUUAAAAUAAAUAAUACUAUAACUGCAGAGAGAUUUCGCUCAGGCUCAGUAGCUGUACUCAUCUCGUGGAAUUUACUGAUAUGAUUAGACCUUUGGCACAAUAUACUCUAUUCUAGCACACAGUUGAAGUUCACACAUACAUUCUUCAUUUGUGCUGCUGGUCAGGUCUCCAACCUUUAACCAAGUGGUCUCUCCUAUCCCUCUCCUCUUCCAGAGUAACGUCCUGGAGCGGGCCGUGGACUGGAUCUUCUCCCACCUGGAUGACCUGGAGUCCAUGGAGGUUUCGGAGGGGGGGCGAUCGGCCGCCGAGAGCGAGGGGACCAGGGAGCCCCCUCCUGGGCCUAAAGUCCGAGACGGACCCGGCAGUAAGUCAACGGGGAGAGGAGGGGGUUGAGGGGAGGGGGUCCAGUUUUGGUUGGACGUUUUGAACAUAUUUUAAUAUUCUCUUCAAAGCAUCUGUAUUUUGUUUUUUUUAUAAGGGAGGCACGCACACCAGGAAAUUAAAGGAAUAUGCUUAAUUUUUUCCUUGAGUGCGUACCCUCAACAUCUAUUGAUUAAUGAUUUUCCUCUUGUAGAAAGCACCCUCAUAACAACUUUGGGAUAUUAAUUGUUUUAUGACGAUGCGCACAGACUCCAAAUUGUUGUCUGUCCAUAUCUUUCCAUUUCAAAAACCCUCUGUAUUCAAAUUGAUGUCAAUUUGCAGUAUAGAUGCACACUUUCACUGAUGUCUCUACUAUGCAUGUUUCUUCCUUUCUCUCCUCUAUCCCUCACUCCUCUCCCUCCCCCUCCUCUAUCCUCCUCUCCCUCCCCCUCUCUUCCAGAGUAUGAGCUGUUUGCCUUCAUCAGUCACAUGGGCACAAGCACUAUGUGCGGCCACUACGUCUGCCACAUCAAGAAGGACCAACAGUAAGCGCCAUUCUCUUUCAUUUCAUAUAGAAGAAACCACUCCUUUACACACACACUUGAUACAUGAAUGUCAUUCUACUUAAUACCCACUUCUGUGGUGUACAAUGUUGCUAUAGAGAUUCUGUGGUUAUAACAAUCUAGACAAAGCUUUAAAGUGCUGUUUCUUGUCUUCUCAUCAUGUCUGUCGGCUUUUCCCUUUCUCUCCCUCUCCCCCUCUCUUCUCUCUCUCUCAGGUGGGUUAUCUUUAACGAUCAGAAAGUGUGUGCCUCAGAGAAGCCACCCAAGGACCUGGGUUACCUCUACUUCUACCGGAGAGUCACAGAGUGAACAGAGGGGGGCAGAGUUUCACUAAGGGAGGGGAAGAGGGUCGUUAACAUGCACAUAUACACACUCAGUCACACACACUGAGCUACUAAGAAUGCUCUGACACAAGCUUCUGAACUGACAAAUGUAGGGUUUAAAUAAAUACACUUUUCCAACCGCUAUGGACACAGGCAGAUGGAUGGGGUGUUUUUAAAGGAGAAGUCUCUUUUUUUGUCUCCACUUUACAAUAAAUACGGUGGUGUUGGUGGAAGGCUACUUGUGUACUCACCCCUUCUAAGUCUAUACUCAUCUUGCAACUGACACCAAUCAACUCAUGAUAGAUACUGGUAUCAUUAUACAGUAUCUAUGGCAACAAUGUUCCCACCCCCCCUCUUCCCUGAACAACAUGCCACUCAUCUCCUCUGCACUUAUUGACUAGUGUCUGUUGUAUUGUCAUUGCUUCUUAAGCCAAGCACCGCCUCCCUUCUCUCCCCCUUCUGUGUUCCGACAUGGCAUUUUCAUAAUAAGUUCGGCAUACACAGUAAUAGCGAACAAAGUUAAUAAAAUACCAAAAAAAUACAAUAAUGUGUAUUUAAAACAACUAAAUAAAGUAAAAAUAAAAACGAAACCAAACUGGUUGUUCUUUCAAGUGUGGUGAGGGUGAUAUCUGGCUGAUUUUUGUUUAUUUUGCUAAAAUGAAUUCCUUUGUUACUUCUGCUCUGACAAAUAAAGAUGUCUUUCUGCCGC